AGUGCUGUAGUAAACAGCCGAUGAUCACUUUGCAGGGUUUCGACUUUAUGUGCAGAGUUGCAUUCUUUGUUUGUGGAGUAUGACCGCUCAUUAAAUCCUUGACUGGACACGCAGCAUGGAUUAAAGGCUAUCUAACGUAAUGUUGGCUCAUUAAGGUGUCCCUGCUGGACCGACUCGUUUAUCAGUGUGAUUUACGUCCUCUAUCCAAAGGGGAUGGGUCCACGGAGAAAGUCGACUAAGACUCAGCCUGUUGGCUCAAGCAAUGCUCGUGAGCUGUUCCUCAGACAAGAUGAGCCUAAAGACUACAUCAACGAGCUGUCGCAUGAGGUCCUCUGUCACGUCUUUAGGUACCUCCCCAUGAAAGACAUAAUGUGCAUGGAGUGUCUGUCCAGAAAGCUCAGAGAGGCAGUCACUCUGUACCUCCGUGUGGUCAAAGUGAUGGACCUCUGUGCCAGCCACUGGUGGGAGUACAUGCCUUCAGGUUUCAAUGACGUCAGCUUCAUCUUCUUGCUAAAGAAGAUGCCCGACUUGGAGCAGCUCUACGGUCUCCAUCCGCGCUACCUGGAGCGGAGGCGGGUCAGAGGAUACGAGGCCUUUAGUAUUCCCGGGGUGUUGGAGGCCCUACAAGCCUGCCCAAACCUCCUGGGUGUAGAGACGUCCCACCUGGAGCUGGUGGAAGCCAUAUGGAACUACAUGCCACAGGUCCACAUUCUGGGAAAAUUUCGCAAUAGAAACGGUGCAUUCCCCAUUCCUGCAGAGAACAAACUGGCCAUCCCAAUCACUGCCAAGAUCCAGACACUGCACCUAGUGGGUGUAAACGUCCCAGAAAUUCCCUGUGUGUCGAUGUUGCGCCACCUCUACCUGAAAUGGGUGCGUCUCACCAAACCGCAACCAUUUAAAGACUUCCUCUGUGUUGGCCUUCGAACGUUUGUGAUGCGUAACUGUGCGGGGCCGACCAACUCGCUGAAGUAUGUCCCCCUGGUGACCGGCCUGGCCUCGGCCCGCAACCUGGAGCAGCUGGAGCUGGUCAGAGUCCCCUUCCUGGGGGGGCUUAUCCAGCACGUGGUGGAGGACAGCUGGAGAUCAGGGGGCUUUAGAAAUCUUCACACCAUAGUCUUUGGAGCUUGUAAGAAUGCGCUAGAAGUAGACCUUGGCUACCUCAUUAUCACUGCUGCUCGCAGGCUUCAUGAAGUGCGCAUUCAGCCUUCUCUCACCAAAGACGGAGUGUUCUCCGCUCUUAAGAUGGCUGAACUGGAGUUCCCCCAGUUUGAAACACUGCACCUUGGAUACGUGGAUGAGUUCCUCCUGCAAUGUAAAAUGAACCACUCUGAGCUUGUGAAGUAUGGUUUGGCUGAUGUUGUCGAGAACCCCGGCAUCAUCACAGAUAUCGGCAUGAAGGCGGUCAAUGAAGUGUUCACCAACAUCAAGUAUCUGCUCAUCUACAACUGCCCGCAUCUGCACAACCCUCACCACUGGAUCACAGACCAGUCGAGGUGGAGCCGGCUGGUGGAUCUGACUCUGGUUCGCUGUCACGCCAUUAAGUUGGAUUCCUUCUCCCAGUUUAUAGAAUUAUUACCAAGUCUGGAGUUCAUCUGCCUUGACCAGAUGUUCAGAGAACCUCCCAAGGGUUGUGCCAGGGUGGGCCUGAGUGCAGGAACUGGUAUUGGUGUUUCUUCAGCUCUCGUCAGCAAUCAGAACUCCAACAAUGACAACAACAACAAUCAUCACAACAACAACAACAACGACAACAAUGAUGGCCACCUUCCUCCUGCUCCUCCACCUGCCGCCAACAACAACAUCUACAACCAACGAGCGCCACGCCCACACCAGCACAACGAGGGGCUGGAGGUGAAUGGUUUGGUGGACGGGGAGGAGGGAGGAGAGGUGAUGGAGGAGCGUGUGGAGGCGGAGGAGGGAGGAGAGGUGAUGGAGGAGCGUGUGGAGGUGGGGCCCCACAUGGAGCUGGGCGGGGAGGAGGAGGUGCCAAUGGAGGACUUGAAUAUUUCUUCAGGACACACCAAAGCAGGUGACCUCACAGAAGUACCAGCAGCAGCUAGCCCUAUUGACGAGGAGCAAGCAGGUCCGAGUGGUUUAGUCCAGCAGAGUAGGCCAACAUGUACCUCAGGCAGCAAGCCUCCCACCAACUCUGACUCUGACAGUGAAGAGGAGGAAGGCCUGACCUUGAGGCAGACGGCUGGCCCCGGGCCCCAGCAGACGGCCUCCUGUCCAGCCGUCGGUCCUGCUCGCAGCAGCGUUCCCAGCAGUAAAGGAAAGACCCCCCUCCGGCGGGCGGGAAGCACGGCGGCCCCCUCCACGGUGAACCCCCCCCCCACGGUGAAGCCCCCCCCCCUGCCCGGUGAGGGCUGUUGUGAGAAGAGCUGCCAGGUGACCAGCGAGCAGAUCAAGGCUGACAUGAAGGCGGCCACCGAGAGCGGUAACCACCGGCUCGCUGGCGUCGCCAAGCAGGGCCCUGCGGCCGGGGGGGCCGGGGACGGUAGCACUCCCCCCCGACCUUCCGCUGACCCCGGAACGGGACACGGAGGGACGGGUGGACGCGGAGCGAGGCCGGGGGCUGCAGGGGGCAGACCCCGGGGGGGGGAGAGCGGUCCGGAAACGGGGAGGGACGCCGACCGGACCAACCGGGCUCAGGCCGGAGCCGUUGGCAGAGGAACGACCAACGGGACGGAGCGUGAGGGGGCAGGGGGCCCGGGGGCGGAGCAGGGGGCGGGGCGCAGUGGAGGGGCGGGGCCUGGAGCUCAGCCUACCGGCGGAGCAUCAAGAGGAACGACCAACAGUCCUGGGGGCCAGACGCUCCACUCUGAGUCUCUGGGGGGAUCUGACCAACCAGGGGACAGGUUGGAGGACAUGUUUGUCCCCAGACGACCGCUAACACGAUCGCGCAGCCGCAUGUCCCUGGUGCCGCUCGUUGCUGAAGCAGACUUAUCGAGAGCCCGACCCCGCCCGACACGAAGGAAACGAAUGACGGACAAAUCGACCAGCACCUCAGACCCUGUCACAGAGGAUGACCAUGUACAGGUCUUAUCUCUCAAGGGCAAGAACCUGGUGGGCCUCACGCUGACCAACUGUGGCAUCACAGACCUGCUGCUGAAGGACUGUCCCAAGAUGAUGUUCAUUCAUGCGACUCGGUGUCGUGUGUUGAAACACCUGCGGGUGGAGAGCGCUCCCAUCGUGAACCGGUUCGAUUACGCCCAGUGCAAGAAGCUGGACAUGGAGCAGGUCCUGGACCAGAUCCUGAGGAUGCCCCCCGAGAGGAACCGCAUCAUCUACAUGCGGCCCAUGCACCAGAUCGAUUCUCUGGCCCUGGAGCGUCUGCUUUUCCGGGGUCCUUACCCCUACCACAUUGCUAUAGUCCAUGAGUUCAGCAACCCUCCAAAUAUUCGCAACAAGGUCAGAAUACGAAGCUGGAUGGACACCAUAGCAAACAUCAGCCAGGAGCUGAUCAAGUAUGAGUUUUUUCCGGAGGCUACGAGGACUGAGGAGGACGUUAAGAAGAAUCCAAGGUACCCCUGGGGUCGUGACAUCUACACCCUGGAAGGCGUGGUGGACGGCGCCCCCUACUGUAUGGUGACAGACUUCCCCUGGCUGCGGACCCUGAGGACAGCCGACUCAAACGGAUACUCUCGCUACGACUUUGAGGACGAUGAGAGCACCACCAUAUACGCCCCACGACGCAAAGGCCAGCUCUCUGCGGACAUCUGCAUGGAGACGAUCGGGGAGGAGAUCUCUGAGCGGCGGCAGAGCAGGCGCGGGGUGUUCCAGAGGGUGGUGGUGCUCUUCCUCCAUCAUUGUGACACACCCGGGGAGCCCGUGGAUGACGAUUACAUCUGAUAUCUUGGUGUCUAAAGACACUGCUUUGCAAUCAAGGCCAGAAAUUGCACCUGCUGACCAGACCUAAUGCUUUGCCUUUUCUAGACAUCGCACUGCUGUGAGAUUCUGUACAAAAAAUCUCCCAUAUCUUCAUUCGAUGAGGUACUUUUUAUAUGGUUUGUUUGUCGUUCUAUUCACAUCCUAUUGUUGGUGUUAAGUGGCCCAAUGUUACUGCAAGAGUGUUUGGGGGAUUUACCUAUAACAACUAUGAACCUUUUGAUACAAAUAUAAAUGUCAAAUGGGACCUCUCGAAUGAUAUCCCAUAAUAUGGAGUUGAAUCAUAUUACCCUAACCACUGAGAUUCUAAGAAGUGAAGGUAAACCUACUUGAUUUGAAUUGUGAGAAUAAAUUAAAAAGUAUUCUGUGGACUUUGAAUCGUGACAGACUUUCUGCUUCAACCACUGUGAACCAGAUACAGGCCGUUUACAUGUUAGUCUCUUCUGAACCAGCUUCUGAACCAUUUUCUGAACCAGCUUCAGGCCGUCAGAGGAGCUACAUGUUAGUCUCUUCUGGCAGAGAGACUAACAUGGCCUUCAUGGCAACCGUGUGGAAGGACCACAGUGAGGAGGAAGUUUGGCCCUUAACCCUAACCCUAACCCCUCAGUGGGGAGGGCUAGGCCCUUAACUCCACUCAGUGGGGAGGGCUGUUCUAAGAAGAGUAGUAGCACAAUCAUAACACAGACCUGCACUUUGAACAAACCCGGCAACAUAUGAGGACCUCUAUCUUGCAGUGUUGCAUGUCCUCUUGAAAUCACUGAGAGAAGAGCAUUCUCAUGGAAAAAGUCCCAGUGUGUUUAUUUGGUAACACAAAUUAAAAAAAACAUCAAUGGAAAAUAUUACAAUGAAAUGAUGGAAUGCACAAAAAAACGAAAUAACCAGCAAUAAUACUUUAUUUAAUGAACAAUAUUAAUAUAGUAAUUUUCCAUACAUACACAUCUAUACAUCAUUUUUUUUUAUAGUAUUGGCAAUUUGUCUAUUUCAGGGAUAAAGUACCACAUGCAAUAUAAUAUCACAGCAGCAGUCACACCGGGUAGUGGUGUGACUGGUGACACUGGUUCAGAAACAACCUCAUACCUCCUUUUGAGUUCUUGCUCUGAUGGAGCCAGUGCUGGUUAGUCCCGACCAGCCCCUGAUGACCAGGUUCCGGUCCACUGACCAUACCGAUUGCUUUAUGGCUGUCUUUUAAGGAAUCAAUGCACUCUCAUUGAGUUUAGGUUCAGUUUUAUGUUUUAUUAAUAUAUGGGGAUGUAUUGUAAUUUAUCAUAUUUUAAAUAUUGGUGUUCACUGCUCAUUUGAAUAUUGAAUUCCGGCCCCUCUUAACAGCUUUGGGAUAAAUGUAACAGAGACCAGUUGGUUCAUGUGCAGGUGGACCGCGUUUAGUGUUACUGUAGAGGACCCUCCUUAUGACCCCGGGGGCGCUUGUUUGAGUCUGACCAAUAACAAGCUUAUUGUCAUCGCUGAAACAUGAGCAGCAAACCUGUGAUCGUCAAAAGAGAAGAAACAGAAAUGUUAGUUUGCUGAAAUGCAGUCGAAGGGAAGGAAGCCAGAAGGGAAGAAGCCUCAGCUGAGGA